AUGCACGGUCAGGCUCUCGUCGGCGGCCGCACGGCCCUGCCGCGGACCGCGGCGGCCCGCAAGCGGGCCUCCCUGUCCACGCGCGCGGCGGGCGACGCGAAGGACAUCGUGUUCGACAACGACUCGCGCCAGAAGCUCCUGAACGGCAUCAACAAGGUCGUCGACUCGGUCGCGGUGACCAUCGGCCCCCGUGGGCGCAACGUCGUCAUUGAGGAGGACUACGGCAUCCCGCUGGUCAUCAACGACGGCGUCUCGAUCGCGCGCGCGAUCGACCUCGAGGACCCGAUCGAGAACGCCGGCGCGCAGCUCGUCAAGGAGGUCGCCGGGCGCACGAACGACGCGGCCGGCGACGGCACCACGACGGCCUCCGUGCUGGCGCGCGAGAUGGCGUUCUUCGGCCUCCAGGCCGUCACCUCCGGCGCGAACCCGAUCGCGGUGAAGAAGGGCAUCGAGAAGGCCGCGGCGCACGUCGUCGCGGAGCUCAAGAAGCUCGCGACUCCGGUGUCCGGGUCGAAGGACAUCAAGUCGGUGGCCGCGAUCUCCGCCGGGAACGACGACGAGGUGGGCGAGAUGAUCGCGGCCGCGCUCGACAAGGUCGGCAAGGACGGCGUGCUCUCGAUCGAGACGUCGAACUCGUUCGAGACCACGAUUGAGGUUCAGGAGGGCAUGGAGAUUGACCGGGGGUAUAUCUCGCCGAGCUUCAUCACGAACGCGGAGCGGUCGCUCGUGGAGUUCGACGGCGCGAAGAUCCUCAUCACGGACCAGAAGAUCGAGUCGGUGCAGGAGCUCGUGCCGAUUUUGGAGAAGAUUACGCAGAUCAACGCGCCGCUGGUGAUCAUCGCGGAGGACGUCGCGAAGGAGGCGCUGGCGACGCUCGUGGUGAACAAGAUGCGCGGGAUCAUCCAGGUCGCCGCGAUCAAGGCCCCCGGCUUCGGGGAGCGCCGGAAGGCGCUCUUGCAGGACAUUGCGAUUGUUACGGGCGCGGAGUUCAUCGCCAAGGACCUGGGGAUGAGCGUGAAGGACGCGGACCUGGAGCAGCUGGGGACGUGCCGGAAGAUCGCGAUCGCGCAGACGGCGACGACGCUGAUCGCGGACGCGGCGUCGCGGGAGGAGAUUGACAUGCGGGUGGCGCAGCUCAAGAAGGAGCUCAGCGAGACGGACUCGGUGUACGACACGGAGAAGCUGUCGGAGCGCAUCGCGAAGCUCGCGGGCGGCGUCGCGGUGAUCAAGGUGGGCGGCUUCACGGAGGCGGAGGUCGAGGACAAGAAGCUGCGCGUCGAGGACGCCAAGAACGCGACCUUCGCCGCGGUCGAGGAGGGGAUCGUGCCGGGCGGCGGCGCCGCGCUGCUGCACCUGUCGGAGCUGCUCCCGGCGUUCAAGGACACGGUGGCGGACCCGGAGGAGAAGAUGGGAGUGGAGAUUGUGCGCAAGGCGCUGCGGGCGCCGUGCCGGCAGAUCGCGGCGAACGCGGGGAUCGAGGGGGACGUGGUGAUUGAGAAGCUGCUGGGCAAGGACUUCAACGUGGGGUACAACGCGAUGUACGACCGCGUGGAGGAUCUGAUUGAGGCGGGCGUGAUCGAUCCCGCCAAGGUGACGCGGUCGGGCGUGCAGAACGCGGCGUCGAUCGCGGGCAUCCUGCUCACGACGCAGGCGGUGAUGACGGAGAAGCCGAAGCUGAAGCGCGGCGAGGGCGGCACGACCGCCGCGGGCCUGCCGCAGGGCAUGACCAUCUAG